AUGUCGGUGCAAAAUGAGAAUGCAGCAUCGCUCGGACAGCAGCGCGAAGACUCGGCACCAGUGGUGAAUCGCGUUUCGGUGAAUGUGCCUCCGUUCUGGCACGAGCGACCCGAAAUCUGGUUCGCGCAGAUCGAGGAGGAGUUCGCGGUAGCAGGUGUGUGCAACGAUAUGACGAGAUUCAACACCGUAGUGGCUGCCAUAGAGUCCAGCAUCGUAGCCGACGUGGCUGACGCAGUGCUUCAUCCGCCAGCAGCAAACAGGUACGAGAACCUAAAAAAACAAAUAAUCGAAUGGUAUGGUGAAUCAGAACAGCGUAAAAUUCAGCGGCUGUUAUCAGACGUUCAGCUUGGCGAUCGUCGGCCUACUCAAUUGCUAAACGAACUGACGACAUUGGCGAAAGAUAAGGUGAGCGACGAAUUCCUGAAAACACUUUGGCUCCAGCGUUUGCCACCACAAGUGCGCGCGAUUCUUCAAACGUCAAGCGUAGAAUUGAGCGAGUUAGCCAAAUUGGCUGACAAGAUUUGCGAGGCAGGCGACUAUCAUCAGAUCUCGGCAAUGUUUUCAGGCAGCGGUAGAACCUGGUCCGAAGCAGAAAAGUGUAUCAGCGCUUAG